AGGAGCCAAUGAGCAGUGAGUGUUGUGAUGUGUCUCCAUGGUAACGUGUUGUUAGCAACAGUUGUGUUUGGAUCAGUCAUGGAGCAGCAGAGAGUUCAGACCUGCGACGUUUACAGAACCGACCCGAACCUGCCGCACAGGUUCAACAACCCGGACUCCUUCCAGGGCUACAGUCAGAACUUCACUCACCCACUUUAUCGAACGUCAAACCAAACGUACGGCAGCAAGAAGCCAACCGUCCACGAGAUGCAGACCCAGUUCAAAGGGAGCUCCCGUCAGUUCUCGGAGGCGCUGCUGCAGAGCGGGAUGUUCCGCGAUCACGGCUUCAACACGUCUGUGGAGAGGAGCACGGUGAUGGUUUCCACGGCAACCCAGAGCAACAGAGUUAACCUCCAUCGCUGCUAUCACCACGGAAACCAAAGCAACAACCGCGACGGAGACGCCGAGUAAUGACACAGCGAGACGUUUGUUCCAAUAAAAAUCUAAAGUCAUAAAUCUGCGUCCUAAAGCUUUCUGACUCAAAGCAACAAGAGAGGAAGUUAGAGGUUACUGACAGGAAGUGGAACACUUAGCUUACAACGCGAGACGCAGCCACGGCUACACGUGUUGGCAUCACAUUACA